AUGGUUGGAAAUUCACGGCCCCCUCCCAGCCGCCGCAGAGACAAGGCGCAGCUGUCAUGUGAUUUUUGCAGGAAGAGAAAACUAAGAUGCGAUCGAAAGCAACCGUGUGGGACAUGCUCAGCUCGGGGUCUGCCAUGUCCUGGCAACUGCCCCGCCGAUGCCUACACAGGGUCUCAACAGCAGCCUACCAUCGCGUCGACAACCAUCCAGUCAAGACUCAACCAGCUUGAAAGCCUUGUUGUAUCGCUAGUUCAUGCCUUGUCUGGUGAAGGCGGCGAGACAGCUUCCAUAUCCUCCCUCCUCCAUACCACCCCUGAAAUCCAUUCGCAGGCGCUAAAAACCUCGUCCAGCGAUGGCUAUGACGCCCCCAGAAUGCCGACGACUCCCGGGUCGUCGGAACCGGGGGUCAUACGUGUCGGCUCUACGGGUACAGUCUAUGUCAGCAGCUGUCACUGGUCCGCCAUUCUGGACAGCAUAGCAGACUUGAAGCAGCUGCUACCUGAGCAGGAAGAAAACCAAUUGCAGCCUUCGCCUGCCCAGCUAUCGAGGCACACUACCCCUGAACAGAUCGAGUCCCGGCCUGGGUUAGGGUUAGAGUUGGGAUUUCCCGACCUUCUUUGUGCCUGUCAUAGGUCACGAUCGAGAGAUGACUUGCUGCAAGCAAUGCCAGAUCGCCGUGUUGUCGAUCGUCUUGUGUUUGUGUACUUCAAUGAACUCGCUCUACCCGUCGUAGCUAUCGUUCAUCCACCAAGCUUUCUCCAGCAGUACCACAAUUUCUGGGCAGACCCAACCCAGGCGUCUCUGGCCUGGAUCGGGCUUCUCUACAGCAUCAUGUGCUUGGCGACACACUUUCGAGGGGCAGCUGAAGCACAUUCUGGCCGCGAUUCGAAUCAGUCCAAAGCCAGCUCUCAACCCCCGUCAGUCCGACCUAGAUUCCUCGAGGAAGUGACGCAGUGUCUAGUGCUGUGCGACUACAGCUGUGGAGGACCUCAUGCGAUUGAAGCCCUACUGCAUUACUUCGCGAUUGAGCAUACAAGAUGGCCCGACUCAAAGGCGAGGAAUUGGCUCCUCUUCGGCCUGAUUCUACGCCUGGCUGUCCGAAUGGGCUACCACCGAGACUCAUCACACUUUCCUGCCAUUUGUCCUUUUCAGGGCGAGAUUCGAAGACGGAUUUGGGCUAUGCUCUAUUCCCUGGAUAUCAUUUUAUCCUUGCAAAUGGGUCUCCCUCGAAUUACUAAGGACGGGCAGUGGGACACCAAACCGCCUCGCAACCUCUUGGACACCGACUUUUAUGAAGACAGUACAAGCCUUCCCCCCUCCCGACCGGAGAACGAGAUCACGCCUGUUUUUCCACUGCUCUGUAAACAUAAAAUCCUCCUGGUCCUGGGACAAAUCGCGGAUUGGACCAUGACUGCAGAUGUGGUGCAAGGGUCCAGUUCUGGAAAAGACGAGAUGGUUCUCGAGGAGAGGCUCCGAGCCGCUUAUGACAGCCUCCCUGGGCAUGCAAAGUUCACAGCUCUCACAGACUGCCUGGCCCAAAAGCCGCAGGACAUUGUGAGCCGUAUCAGUACCACUGCUCUGCUUCUCAAGGGACUAAUUGUUCUUUAUCGCCGCCGCACGAUGUUGGAGUCUGCACCGCUAUACACCAGGCGGCCGUCAGGCCACAGGGAUUCCGAAGGAGAUGAGCACAACAACGACGCUGGCCUUCGGAAAUGCAUCGAGGCCGCUUUACAGUUACUCGAGUACCAACAAAUUCUUGAUGCAGAACAACAGCCUGGAGGCACUCUUCAUUCGAUCAGAUGGCCUGCCACCUCCACCAUGUCACAUGAGUUCCUCAUGGCGACAGUAGUUUUGUCCAGCUACAUGUUGCGGGUUACCACCCUACACUCAGAUUCACUGUAUGCCAAUUCCCAUGACGGAGGCCAGAAAGACGGGUUGGAUUUGAUUGAAUCCGUAUUGAAUAGGUCGUAUGACAUAUGGCUUCGAGAAAGCACCCAGUCAACUGAAGCAAGAAGAGUGUCAGGACUGCUCGCUCUACUGUUCAGAAAGUUGGAUAUGAUGAGAAACGGGCAAAAGGAUGACGGAGAAGAGCGGGGGAACUUGUCAACUAUGAUGUAUGAAUACCAAGAUAUAGGCAUGGGUAGCGACUGGGCUUCACUGGAAGGACUAGUUGAAUGGGGCAGACUGGAUUGCUAG